AUGCUAGACAACCACGACACGCCUCAGGCAAUAGCAGCUAUAUAUAGCAAUUGUAUAAUCUUUAGGUGUCCCCUUCUUUCCGCUUUGCUUGCCGUUUUUGAGUUACCAGAGGAUAGCUCCGUACCUGACGAUGAACAUUUCAUUGAAGUAGAAGAUACUCCAGGAUAUCAAGCUGCUUACUGUCAACUAGCGUUUGCUGGAUCUACAGAUCACGAUCCUUUAUCCAAGACAAUACCCGAUGCAAAGGUUUACCUUGCUCAGUGUUUGAAUAAACUCUCUACUGCGCAUCCAGGAAAGGUGAUGACAAUGAUAAAUUCCAAUCUGCCACCAGACGCCAUAGCCUGCCUUCAGAAGUACUUCACUGCAGCCGGAGUUUCAUUAUCUUGACCAAAGUCAUUGUUGUGCAGUGCUCGCGUUCAACGCAAGAGAAAUGAUGCGUACUACGAAUUGGUAAAUCCGUGAGAACGGGAAAGCGAGUACAGGAAUAAGCGAGAAAACGUUAGCAUAAUGUCGCGUGUAUCUAUAGAAAAAGUGACAAGAUUUUCUAAUUUUGGUUCAUUUCCUAGAAAAGCGUUUUCCUAGUCUCAUAGUACGGCUUCAUUAACGUUGGAAGCUGUAGAGAGUUCAACUGUCUUGUUUUUUUUUUUAACAGCAAGAGCAAGACUAAUUUCUUUUCCUCUUCGAAUUUACAGAAUAUUUCAUUUUGAAUCACGACAUUUUUUCAGAAUAAUGUUAUGUGAAUACAUCCACUAUCAUAGAAAUAUAUUAUUUUUCAAAA